AUGUUAGCUUUUCAGUUGCGAUUGUGUCGCGGAGCUUCAGUUGUGCGCGCCUAUGCUCCGCGUGCACGAUCUGAGACUGCCACUACCCCUGCAGCUGUCACUGUCCCUGAGACUGACACUGCGCCUGAGACUGACACUGCGCCUGAGACUGACACUGCGCCUGAGACGGACAGAGCGCCUGAGACUGACACUGCGCCAGAGACAGACAGAGCACCUGAGACCGUCUUUAUCCCUGAGACGGAGAGUGCGCCUGAGACGGACAGUGUGCCUGAGACGGACAGUGUGCCUGAGACGGAGAGUGCGCCUGAGACAGACAGUGCGCCUGAGACGGACAGUGUGCCUGUGACGGACAGCGCACCUGUGACUGACAGUGCGCCAGAGACAGACAGAGCACCUGAGACCGUCUUUAUCCCUGAGACGGAGAGUGCGCCUGAGAAAGAGAGUGCGCCUGAGACGGACAGUGCGCCAGAGACGGACAGUGCACCUGUGACUGACAGUGCGCCUGAGACAGACAGUGCGCCUGAGACAGAAAGUGCGCCUGAGACGGACAGUGUGCCUGUGACUGACAGUGCGCCAGAGACAGACAGAGCACCUGAGACCGUCUUUAUCCCUGAGACGGAGAGUGCGCCUGAGACGGACAGUGCGCCUGAGACGGACAGUGUGCCUGUGACUGACAGUGCGCCAGAGACAGACAGAGCACCUGAGACCGUCUUUAUCCCUGAGACGGAGAGUGCGCCUGAGAUGGACAGAGCGCCUGAGAUGGACAGUGCGCCUGAGACGGACAGUGCGCCUGUGACUGACAGUGCGCCAGAGACAGACAGAGCACCUGAGACCGUCUUUAUCUCUGAGACGGAGAGUGCGCCUGAGACGGACAGAGCACCUGAGACCGUCUUUAUCCCUGAGACGGAGAGUGCGCCUGAGACGGACAGUGCGCCUGAGACGGAGAAUGCGCCUGAGACGGACAGUGCGCUUGAGACGGACAGUGCGCCUGAGACCGUCUUUAUCCCUGAGACGGAGAGUGCGCCUGAGACGGAGAGUGCGCCUGAGACGGACAGUGCGCCAGAGAUGGACAGUGCACCUGUGACUGACAGUAUGCCUGAGACCGUCUUCAUCCCUGAGACGGAGAGUGCGCCUGAGACGGACAGAGCGCCUGAGACUGACACUGCGCCAGAGACAGACAGAGCACCUGAGACCGUCUUUAUCCCUGAGACGGAGAGUGCGCCUGAGACGGACAGUGUGCCUGAGACGGACAGUGUGCCUGAGACGGACAGUGUGCCUGAGACGGACAGUGCGCCUGAGGCGGACAGUGCGCCUGAGGCGGAGAGUGCGCCUGAGACAGACAGUGCGCCUGAGACGGACAGUGUGCCUGAGACGGACAGUGUGCCUGAGACGGACAGUGUCCCUGAGACGGAGAGUGCGCCUGAGACGGACAGUGUGCCUGAGACGGACAGUGUGCCUGAGACGGAGAGUGCGCCUGAGACAGACAGUGCGCCUGAGACGGACAGUGUGCCUGUGACGGACAGCGCACCUGUGACUGACAGUGCGCCAGAGACAGACAGAGCACCUGAGACCGUCUUUAUCCCUGAGACGGAGAGUGCGCCUGAGAAAGAGAGUGCGCCUGAGACGGACAGUGCGCCAGAGACGGACAGUGCACCUGUGACUGACAGUGCGCCUGAGACAGACAGUGCGCCUGAGACAGAAAGUGCGCCUGAGACGGACAGUGUGCCUGUGACUGACAGUGCGCCAGAGACAGACAGAGCACCUGAGACCGUCUUUAUCCCUGAGACGGAGAGUGCGCCUGAGACGGACAGUGCGCCUGAGACGGACAGUGUGCCUGUGACUGACAGUGCGCCAGAGACAGACAGAGCACCUGAGACCGUCUUUAUCCCUGAGACGGAGAGUGCGCCUGAGAUGGACAGUGCGCCAGAGACAGACAGAGCACCUGAGACCGUCUUUAUCUCUGAGACGGAGAGUGCGCCUGAGACGGACAGAGCACCUGAGACCGUCUUUAUCCCUGAGACGGAGAGUGCGCCUGAGACGGAUAUGCGCCUGAGACAGACAGUGCGCCUGAGACCGCCUUUAUCCCUGAGACGGAGAGUGCGCCAGAGACGGAGAAGUGCGCCUGAGACGGAGAGUGCGCCUGAGACGGACAGUGCGCCUGAGACGGACAGUGCGCUUGAGACGGACAGUGCGCCUGAGACCGUCUUUAUCCCUGAGACGGAGAGUGCGCCUGAGACGGAGAGUGCGCCUGAGACGGACAGUGCGCCAGAGAUGGACAGUGCACCUGUGACUGACAGUGCGCCUGAGACCGUCUUUAUCCCUGAGACGGAGAGUGCGCCUGAGACGGAGAGUGCGCCUGUGACUGACAGUGCGCCUGAGACUGACAGUGCGCCUGAGACCGUCUUUAUCCCUGAGACGGAGAUGCGCCUGAGACCGUCUUUAUCCCUGAGGACGGAGAGUGCGCCUGAGACGGAGAGUGCGCCUGUGACUGACAGUGCGCCAGAGACAGACAGAGCACCUGAGACCGUCUUUAUCCCUGAGACAGACAUAGCGCCUGAGACGGAGAGUGCGCCUGAGACAGAGAGUGCGCCUGAGACAGACAGUGCGCCAGAUAUGGACAGUGCACCUGAGACGGACAGUGCGCCAGAGACAGACAGAGCACCUGAGACCGUCUUUAACCCAGAGACGGACAGUGCACCUGUGACUGACAGUGCGCCUGAGACGGAGAGUGCGCCUGUGACUGACACUGUCCCUGAGACAGACAGAGCACCUGAGACCGUCUUUAUCCCAGAGACGGACAGUGCGCCUGAGACUGACAGUGCGCCUGAGACGGAGAGUGCGCCUGAGACCGUCUUUAUCCCAGAGACGGACAGUGCGCCUGAGACGGACAGUGCACCUGUGACUGACAGUGCGCCAGAGACAGACAGAGCACCUGAGACCGUCUUUAUCCCUGAGACGGAGAGUGCGCCUGAGAUGGACAGAGCGCCUGAGAUGGACAGUGCGCCUGAGACGGACAGUGCGCCUGUGACUGACAGUGCGCCAGAGACAGACAGAGCACCUGAGACCGUCUUUAUCUCUGAGACGGAGAGUGCGCCUGAGACGGACAGAGCACCUGAGACCGUCUUUAUCCCUGAGACGGAGAGUGCGCCUGAGACGGACAGUGCGCCUGAGACGGAGAAGUGCGCCUGA